AUGACACGACUCGCUGACUCUUCAAAAUGCAAAGACGUUGGGUUGCGUGUCGUUUUCGAUGAUAAAGUCACCAUAUACAAGCAGGCCGACCGCUUCGUUCCUUCUUUCUUUUCCGUGGAUGAACUUCUCCGAUUUCCCGGUUCUCUUGGCCCUGAGGGCUUACCAUGCAGCGAAUCAAUGGAGUUACGGAUAUCCUUUGAUGUUGCACCAGGCAUGUCCAAGGCAUCGUACCCGUCUCCCUCAUAUGAGUUCUCGGGUAUGUUGGAAUCAAUGGGAUGUGGUUGGAAGGAAUGCUCAAUUGGUGCAGUCCCAGGUAGGAACAUCUGGGAGUGA